AUGGCUGGGAACUGGUCCCAGGACCUGCCCGGCUCGGUUCGGUUCAAGCCAACCCCGGAUCCCAUUGCACCACCACCCCACUUAACAUCUGGACCAUCUCCUCGAACAAUCUCAUCGAAUAGCUCCAAAUGGCAACCGAUCGAAAGUCUAAUGAUUAUUAUAUCGGCGUGGACGUAGGCACGGGCUCAGCUCGAGCUGCCCUCGUAGCCUGUGAUGGCGAAAUCGUAGCCGAGUCAACUUACCCAACGACAACCUAUCGGGACGAUCACAAUCAUGAUAUCUUCGAGCAAUCGACAACUGAGAUUUGGAACUCGAUCGCCAAGGCCUGUAAGGAUUGUCUCAGGGACGCUAAAGUCGGUCCAGAACAAGUCAAAGGAAUCGGUUUCGAUGCGACCUGUUCAUUGGCAGUUUCCACCUUCGAAGGUGAACCGAUGUCGAUCACUCAAGAUCAAUGGGGCCCUGGAGAAUCGAAGAGGAACAUCAUCCUCUGGGCCGAUCAUCGUGCCCGAGAUGAGGCCAAUCUGAUCAAUUCGAGCGGCAGUCCGGUCUUACAAUAUGUCGGUGGGACGAUGAGCUUAGAGAUGGAGAUACCUAAGGUACUGUGGCUGAAAAGACACAUGCCUGAACAACUCUUCAAACAAUCCAUGUUUUUCGACUUACCCGAUUUUUUGACCUAUCGAGCAACUGGUAAUCUAGCCCGAUCCAACUGCUCACUAGCUUGUAAAUGCUCUUAUGUUCCUCCCGAGGUCGAAGGUCAUAAAGGUUGGAACGACGACUUCUUUAAGAAGAUUGGACUACCCGAAUUCGUCGAAUCCGACUUCAAACAAGUUGGUGGUUCUCCCGGAAAACUGGGUCUAAUUCUGACUGCCGGUCAGCCAGUUGGAUCGGGACUCACGGCCAAAGCAGCCAGCGAGCUCGGGCUACUGCCAAACACGCCCGUUGGCUCGGGCGUGAUUGAUGCAUAUGCCGGCUGGAUCGGUGUCGUCGCUGCGAAGAUGGAAGGUGAAAAGGACAGUGAUCUCGGGACGAGUCAGCACCGACUAUGUGUGAGCGCUGGUACUAGUAGCUGCCAUAUCGUACAGAGCCCAAAUCCUGUUUUCGUCCCAGGUGUUUGGGGCCCUUACUUACACGCAGUCUUCCCUGGAUAUUGGAUGAAUGAAGGCGGUCAAUCUUCGACCGGACAAUUGCUAGAUUUCAUUAUUGAUACCCAUCCAGCGGUCAACAAAGUCAAAGAGUUGGCGCAAGCAAAAGGUGUCAAUCAUUUUGUCUUUCUCAACGACACUUUGAAGCAAGCCCAACAAGACAAAAAAGCGCCUUUCUUGACUUAUCUCACCAAGGAUUACUAUUUAUAUCCGGAUCUGCAUGGGAACCGAUCUCCCUUGGCUGAUAACGCUAUGAAGGGCAUGCUAAUCGGCAUGUCACUCGACAAGGGUGUAAUGGAUUUAGCAUUACGGUAUUUUAUUACGUGCGAAGCGAUUGCAUUACAGACCCGACAAAUCGUGGACAAGAUGAACGAUCAAGGCCACAAGAUCACCGCGAUCUUCAUGUCAGGCGGGUUAGUCAAGAAUGCUGUCUUGAUGCAGUUGAUAGCGAACAUAUGUAAUGUCCCAAUUCAACUGCCAGCUUCACAUUCGGCUUCAGUUGUUUUGGGUUCGGCCAUGCUGGGAAAGGCCGCUUAUGUAUCCACUCAACUAUCGCAAUCCCAAGUGAUUUCCAAGCAGGAUGUCGCUGAGGAGAGAGCGCAUCAAAUGAAAGAUAAGUUGUGGGAGAUUAUGGUUGGAAUGUCUAGACCAGGUACCACAAUCAAACCGCAUUUGACUGAGCAAGAAAAGAAAUUGCUGAACGUCAAAUACAAGAUUUUCAAUGAAUGCAUCGAUCUACAGCGCAAAUGGAGGAAAGAUGUUCAAGACGCUUUGAGUUGAACAAACAAUUCUCCAGACUGUAUGUGUGUGUGUGUUUUCUUGCAAGAAUAGUAGGACUCAACAAGACUACAACUGGUUGGACUUUAAGGCCUAUAACCUUUGUAAUUUCUUCGCUUCAAAGUAAUAAGUAGAAAUAGAUAAAGCAAUGAAAAGACUCAUGGGUAUGAAUAGAACAAAUGAUAUAUGUUGGCUCCAAAUUUCUCCAGACAACAACUUCACCUUACAAUCAAUAUAAAAAAACAUAGGCACAGAAGAGAGGCUGAGGACUCGGGUGG